GUUGCAUCCGUUAAAACAAUGUUGUGAGGAGGUGGGGGUGCCAAAAAGACAAUUAGAAAAAAAGGAGGAAUAACUGUUUUUUAUGCUUUUUGUUCUUUCACAUUAAUAUUUAGAUUUGCUUUGCGAUGAUGGAAGCAGCAACUGUUUAACUGCAUGACAUUUCCAGACAGUUUAGUCCACUCCCAUUCAGUCAUAAUACAGAAGCAAUCUAUCCAAAAUGAGGAUGCAAAUAUUUCCCAGCAUCCCUCACUUAAUUACACUGACUCUGCCAGACUAUUCUCAUUUUUUUGGGAUUAAGAAAUCUGUCUGAUAUUUGGUAUUCAGGCUGACAUUUUGAGCAUUUCUGUGUGUAAAACUCCAUAUUUAAAGUGAUAAACUGUAACUGAAAACAUGACCAAGGGCAGAACUGAUUUCAUUCAGACAGUACAGGUGUUAUCCAUUUGCCAUUUUAAAAGCAAUUUCAUUUUGACAAGUCAAUUGUUGUUCGUUUGUCUACUGGCUGUCUUGCAAAGAUUCUGUAUGAAAGAGUGCAAUCAUUAAAAGAUAAAAAUAGACUUUUACUAAAUGUCUUACUUUCCAAAGACUCUCCUCCAAGCCCCUCCUACAUUUUUUGGUCCUCAUGUCUUCUGCCCAUAUGUUUCCUUUUUUUAUUUUUAUUUUUACGUUUUUUGUUUUUUUUUAAUUGCAUCAUGCCCCUAUAUUAAUACUGGACCUCCCUGAAGAACAAAAAGAAGAAGAUGUAAUCCCCUCAAAGAUUUGCAGGUGCAGUCAAACAUCCUCUGAUUCUCCUUUACUUAUCAAUGAAAUAACGCUUCCUGUGAAAGCCUAUGUGCAACAGAUGUGCGUCACGUUCGCAGGCAGCAGUCAUUGGUGGAACAAAGUCAAGUGCGAGAACUAAGACAUCAGUUGCACGUUUCCGGAGAGCCCACAAAAAGUAGAGUUGGCCCAGAUGCUUAGUAUCAAACCAACAGAACAGCGGUGCAGUUGGGUGUGAGCGCGCAGACCCACUGACACAGAGAGGCUUCCCCGGAGCGGAGAUUGGACUGGAAGCUCAGAGGGAGCGCACGUCUUUCCCUGCGUUCCAGCUGCUGCGCUCCAGAUGCUCAGAGAAGGAUGUAGGAGCAGGGCGGCGAUGAUGACUACACACUCUUAGACCUCGUCACAUAAGCUUUCCCCCCACUGUGCUCACCAGCCACCUCGGAGCGCGAAUGGACUCUCAGCUCCAGAUUGAACCGGGGAUCCCCACGCUGGACCCAUCGGCUCGCGCGCCCUGGAAUAUCAGCUCCAUCACCCGACAUCGGCUCAUGGAGCUGUCCCCGGCAGCAACAGUUGGUUCAACGGUCCCUGCUGAUGCUUUUCCAACUGUCGAUGUCCCUGACCACGCUCACUACACCAUUGGGGUUGUUAUCCUGGCUGUGGGCAUCACAGGCAUGGUGGGAAACUUCCUUGUCAUUUAUGCUUUUAGCAGGAGCCGGAGCCUGCGGACACCAUCCAACAUCUUCAUUAUUAAUUUGGCAGUGACAGAUUUCCUCAUGUGUCUCACUCAGACGCCUAUCUUCUUCAUCACCAGCAUGUACAAACAUUGGAUUUUUGGAAAAAAAGGCUGUGAGCUGUACGCCUUUUGUGGGGCUCUGUUUGGUAUCUGCAGCAUGAUGACCCUGAUGGUGAUCGCAGUGGAUCGAUGCGUGGUCAUCACCAGGCCUUUAGCCUCUCUGGGAGCGAUGUCCAACAAGAAAGCACUGAGCUUUGUGGCCGCUGCCUGGGUCUACUCCAUGGGAUGGAGUCUGCCCCCUUUCUUUGGCUGGAGUGCCUAUGUUCCUGAGGGUCUGAUGACAUCCUGUUCCUGGGACUAUAUGACCUUCACUCCAUCAGUGCGCUCCUACACCAUGCUGCUGUUUACCUUUGUGUUCUUCAUCCCUCUUUUUAUCAUCAUCUUCUGUUACUGCCGCAUCUUCAGGGCCAUCCGGCACACGACGCGAGCGAUAGCAAAGAUCAACUGUGAAGGGACCAGAGACUCAGCAAAGAAGUUCCACAAAAUGAGAAGUGAAUGGAAGAUGGCUAAGAUUGCCCUCAUCGUCAUCCUGCUGUUUGUCAUCUCCUGGGCUCCGUACUCCUGCGCGGCUCUCACUGCGUUUGCAGGGUACGCUGACUUGCUGACUCCCUACAUGAACUCUGUUCCCGCUGUGAUCGCCAAAGCGUCCGCUAUCCACAACCCCAUCAUUUAUGCCAUAACACAUCCCAAAUACAGGUCAGCGAUCAGCAGAUACGUUCCCUACCUCGGUGCGCUGCUCUGCGUCACUGGCAGGGAGCGUUACAGCAGCAGCAGCAUUCACUCCACGCGUCGAUCAACCCUGACCAGCCAGUCUGAGUGCCGAGGCCCCAGCAGGCCCCAGACCUCCUCCCAGUCUGAGAGUGAUUCAGCACACUUCUCAGACACGGAGGAUGACUGCUCUUCCCGAACACCUGCUAGCCGUCAAUUGUCCGCUGAUGUCAAACAGGUGCGCCGUCCCAGCCAGAGGUCAAAGACUCUGACAGAGCCUGAAGACAUCUGCUUGUCCAACAUCAGUCUACAGCCAACCAGCCAUCUUCCUGCUGCUCUGGAUAAUGUGCUGAGGGAGUCGGGGCCAAGGUCUGGGUGCAGGGCCUCGACGUCCAUCAUCGUCACAUCCAUAUCCAGCCCCUCCAUUCUGCAUAGUCCACCUGGUUUCCAUGGGAACCUCAGAUUGGCCAAGUCCUCCAGUCCCGUCAGCAAAGAGUUACUUGACAUAGCGAGGCUGGAGACGACAGCAUUACCAUGAACAACUGGACAGAAGUACCACGUUGUGUAACUGUGGGAAAUAUUCUCUACCAGCAUGCUAUUUACUGACUUUUGUCCUUUUUUAAUUUCUUUUUGUUGCAUGCACUGUAUUUGUGUGUGAGCGUGGAUGCCCAGAACAAAAUCAGUUUGCGUCGGUGUUUGCACAGAUGCUGUGUGUGUUUGACCUUUUCUGACAUAUCAUAGUGGCUGGAGAUGGUUUACCUCAGAGCUGGAAGAAACAAUUAGCCUUAAAGAAAUGUUCAGGGCUUCAGUUUUAGCUUUUAACACACUCUAAAUUACAGUAAACUUUGCAAAAAAAAAAGUUUUGUUUCAAGGCAAAUUCUGACAAAACAAAUGAUUUCUGUUGCUGCCUGUUUAAGUUUUUAAACAUUUAGACCAAUAUCAUAAUAUUAUAACUCCAGAUUACAUAAAGCAUGAGUUUGAGCCCUGAAAGUCCAAUAAUAAUAAUAAUAAUCCAUAAUGGAUUACAGUCAUUCCAAAUUCUCUGCUUUAUUUCAAAUUUUACAUUUGGAAAUUUAAAAUACGGAGUAGCUUAAAAGGUUUCCAAUUUUAUUUCCAUUGAAUUUCUUUAUAUUUAUUAAUCUUUUAUUUGUUGUGGGAUCUGGAUUAUUACACCAUUUGGGGAGCAAGAAGCUAUAAAAGAGUCACUCCCAGAUCAUAAAAGGUGCUUUCUUUCUUUUUUCUGUUCCUGCCAAUUUAAAAAUCACAUUAGAAAAUUAUCUUUGUAAAAAAAUAUCAAUUUCAUAAAUCAUAGAGCAUUAAAAUAUGGGUUUUAUGGUCAAUAUUUAUCAAUUGGGAAUCUCAUGGUUUUAUGAGUCCAUAUUGCUUUUCUUUGUGUGGAGUACCUUAGUUUAUGCUUGGUGGUUAAAAUUAAAAAUAUAUUGAUGCUGUGACCUUGUAACCUUAAAAAAAGCUAAUGUAAAAAUGAUUUUCUUUAUUUUAUCUGUUUAAUGAAAACGCACCAAAAUAAGCUAAAUGGCCAAUGUGACCCUGACACUAAAUGUUUGUUUUUAACUAACUUUAAAAAAAACACCUGUUUACUAAACAUUUUGCUCUCAGAAUUAGGGCUGCACACAUAAGUCUUAAACUGGAACAGUGAACCUUCAUGACAUUUCUAAUAUGAACCUUUCUGAGCAACAGAAAACAGUUUUAUUUUUGCCUUUGGAGAUGUUUUCACUCAUAAUGGUGUUUCUUUAGUGGAAGUGAAUGAAUGGGUUUCCAGAGCCACGACCAUCUAAGGUGCUCUUUUAAGCUAUGUUCAUACUGGUCUUGGCUCAUUCAAGCAGACACUUUUAAUGAAAAGUCUAUGUAAAUGUGCGUUGAUGCGUAGCUACGCAAAUAUAAAACAUGCAGUCGUUGAUUGAGCAUUGAAAGUUAAACCAGGUUGACUUUUGACCAAUCAGGGGCUCAGAUUUGGUAGUGACGCAUGGGAAGCACCCCUUUAAUUCACAGAAGUGC